GUAUCUGUGGUAGAUGCGCGGCAAACAGCAUCGAGAGACAACGUUUCUUUUUCUGCUCGUGUCAGUGUCUCGAGAAAUCUGUUAGUACGGAUGACGCCGGUAAAAUUAUUAGAAUUCGGUUGUAUUAUCCUUACAAUGGUGAUGAACAGUGGCGUGGUGUGAAGUGUAUUAUUUGCGUUAACUUUCUAAUUUCCUGGAAUCUUUUGCUGAAGGAUUUUAGGCGCAGUAUCGUAAACUUACAGAUACGUCUCAGCGAAUGAACGAGGCUAAAAUGGGCUGUGCUUCGCAGUGUGCCAAGUAUUUUCUAUGUUUCUUCAAUUUCGUUUUCUUCGUAGCCGGAGGGGCUGCGUUGGCCGUUGGAGUUUGGCUCUUCGUCGAUAGCAAUUCUUUCACUGAUCUCGUCGGCAAACUCGAUCAGUCGGACAUUUUGAACAAAACGGACACCGACGUCAUCAGGAUAAUAUCGUACAUCUUGAUUUUGGCGGGAGCGUUGACAUUUUUGAUCAGCUUUUUGGGCUACUGUGGAGCGAUGUUUGAAUCUCGGUGUCUUCUUUGUGUCUACGGUGUUCUUAUUCUCCUCGUUUUGAUCCUGGAAUCUGUUGUAGUAGGUUUGGCUUUUGGACUUAGAGGCGAUGCAGAGCAAAGUACACGAGAUUUUCUCAAGUCUACGAUCAAAUACUAUGCAAGUAACAUCGAUAAAACAGAGACGAUUACAGUGACGUGGGAUGGCAUAAUGACACAGCUUCAUUGCUGUGGAGUGGACAAUCAUUUGGACUUCCGAGAGAGCACAAAUUGGACAUCUACAGAUAAAAUUCUACCUGAAGCAUGUUGUAUAAAGGAAAACAAUAUUUUGAAGGAUCCAUCUUGCCCUAUCAGUCCUACUUCCAAUAAUUCUUAUUAUAAACAGGGUUGUUAUGGAGCAAUAAUGAGGACGAUCGAAGAAAAUGCGGCUAUAGUAAUCGGCGUUGCGGCUGGAUUAGCAUUCGUCGAAAUCCUGGUUAUUAUUUUAGCUCUGCACUUGGCAUGCUGUUACUGGCGUCCACAACACGUUUUAACUUGUUGGUGUUGCUGUUGACCACAUGCAUUAACAGCGAGCUCUUCGUACCUUCUUCUUGGCUCCUUCCUUCGUAGAAGUGAAAAUUGGCUUGAUCUUACUACUCGAAACUAGGCCAGAAUACGUGUUCGUCAUCUACUCAAUUAUAUUUUAUUACUUUUCUAAGAAUAUUCAUAAAAGUGGAAAUGUCUAUCCAGCAAUAUUUUCUAUGAAUAUUUCAAAUGUAUAAAUUUUAAUUGGGCUAACAACAACUAAAAUGUAUAAGU